CGUCCUACUCUCUAGCUGACGCGAGGCAUGGAUUCUUACUGUACUUGGAAUGUGUUUACUCUGCCAGUUGCAAAGCAGAGCCUACAUCGACUAACGGAGACUCUCCGGCCUCACCUCGAGACGCCCACAUAUGAGUGCAUCUGCACAGUAUUUCAUAAAACUCCCCGUCUCGACUCAGUCUCAACAGACGCUUCCAUCCGGAGGGGAGAAAUUCAUCACCACGAGGCUAACGAAGCCUUCUGCGCAGCCUCCCAUCCAGCGUGCCAAACACAUCGCACAGCAGACCAGAGGGAAGCUCCUACUUGUCCGCCGAGAUAUCUCGCCUGUCCACCAUGGAACUAGACGACCGACUGUCCUCGUGAGCGAAGCGAUGUCCAACAAGACCACGGCGCAAAUGACUGAUUCAGAAGCCAUACCAAACGAAGAACCUGAAGGGGCCAAAUGGGCUUCAAGGGGAAGCCUCGCGCCGCAGUCAUGGACAUGGACGGGCAAAGCACAUCGCGCAGGCUCUGGGAUUCAGACUCUCUCUUGUGGAAUGGUUUCCAACCUAAUGAGCGGAGGUAUUCAAGUCACCUCGUCGCUUGUUCUUGUGCUCGUGCCAUGACUGUGAACAGACUAUUCCAAGCCGGAGGCGUGGUUCUCGUUGCGUAGCAAGGUAUUUGGAGUCAGCUUUCGCUGAAUGCUUGUCUAAAUAUCAUUCAGUGAUCCAA